GCGAAAGGAAGCGAUAAAGAAGCCCUGUGUCAUUUCUGUGGAGCUGGUUUUGCAUCAUGUCCUCUGCAGUGUUGACAGCUCUUCUGGUGCUGCAGGUGUCCAGUGUGCACGGGAUUUCACUAGUGCUGAAUGGAGCCGUGGGGGAGUCCAUUGUGCUGCCCACGGAUGAGAAAGGACCAAUCAGAGGACCAGGCUUCAUGGAGUGGACAAAGAACAAUAUUGAUGUCAUCAGAUUACUGAGCAGGCAUAGCAGCUCAUCUUUUGAAACCGUGGAGACAAAUGCAGCUUUUAAACGGAGGCUGAUUGUGAAUUAUAAAACCGGGGCCCUGAAAAUUAGUCCUCUGAGAAAAGAGGAUUCUGGGGAAUAUGUCUUUAAGCAUAUCAGACUAUCUGGGCCCCUUCGGCCAAAAACGAUACAACUACACAUUUAUGAGAGGAUUGUUUCAGUGCAGGUAACCUCCCAGGUGAAUAACAGCACAGACGGCAGCAGCUGUAACGUGACCCUGAGUUGCAGUGUGAUUGGAGGCAGCCAGGUGGCGCUGUCCUGGAGCAGAAAUGGAGAGAACAUUGCUGGAGCGGAGAACAGAGCUACCCUGACUGUAUCCCCCACCCGUGCAGAAGAGGACUACACCUGUACAGCCAUUAACCCCAUCAGCUCACCAAGCAACACAGUGACAGCCGGGCCCUGCCAAACAGGUCAGUCUCUGAUUAGCUCAGAGCGCUAUUAGCAUAUAAUCAGCAGAAAACACAUAAACCGACUC